CCGGCACGGUCCAAGUGCGAAAAGCACAACGGCGUGCGCGGCGUCUGCUGCCGAGACCUCAAGCCAGACGACUCGCGGUCGCUCAUCGAUCCCGAUAUUGUGCGCGACGUCAUCAUCGGCCUCUCGGACGGCCUGACGGUGCCCUUUGCCCUCACGGCAGGCCUGUCGGGCGUGGGAAGCAGCAGAAUCGUCGUCCUCGCCGGUCUGGCCGAGCUGGUUUCGGGGGCAAUCUCAAUGGGCGUCGGCGGCCUCCUCUCGGCGCAGGCAGAGGUGCAACACUACAAGUUCCAGCUGGCCCAGACGCAGGACCGCGUGGCGAGGAGCUGCUUUGGCGAGAUGGAGCGCGAAGUUCGUGAGAUUCUCGAGCCGUUUGGCGUCGACGAGAGCCUGGCCACGGAGAUUGCAAGAAAACUGCAGGGCGUCGAAGGGUCCGAGCGCUCGAGGCUCGUGCAGAGCGGCGGACAGGACGGUGACGACCGGCUGUUGCCGCCACCGGCCACGUCGCCGAGGUGGAUGCGCACCGACGGCCUCACGGGGCCAGAGAGGGGCCUCACGCCCUUUUUGCUCCGCGUGGGCCAGGGCAUGGAAAAGGUCGAAGAGUCGCGCGUCUGGAUCUCGGCCAUUGUCAUUGGCGCCUCGUACUUCCUCGGCGGCUUCAUCCCUCUCCUGCCCUACAUUCUCGUCGACAGCGUCCACGUUGCCCUGCUCUGGUCUAUCGGUGUCACGGGCGCCAUCCUGCUCGCCUUUGGCCUCGUCAAGCAGUACUGGACCGGAGGCAAGACGGAUGCAAAGGGACUCAUCUAUGGCGCCACCUCGACGCUCUUUGUCGGCGCCGCCGCGGCCGGCAGCUCGUGGAUCAUCGUCAGGCUCCUCGAAGGG